AUGAGAUCCACCGUCUUUACAUCAAUUCUCGCAUUGGCGGCGACGAUGGCCAUGGGGUCGGCCGUGGCUCGAGCCAAGAAGCCGCCGUUUUUCUUUCUCAUCGGCGAUUCCACCGUGGCGGUCAAUGGAGGUUGGGGUGACGGCUUCCUGUCUUACCUCAAAGACCCCGCAAAGGGCGAGAACAGGGGCAAAAGUGGUUCUACCACCGUCUCCUGGAAGUCAAACGGCCGCUGGGCUUCACUCUUGCAGGGUAUCAACGACACUAGGGCAGACUACGAGCCAGUUGUCACUAUCCAGUUUGGCCACAAUGACCAGAAGAGUCUUACUUUGGAUGAGUUCAGGGCCAAUCUGGUUAAUAUCGCGACCGAGCUCAAGGACGCCGGGGCGACUCCGAUCUUCAUCACGUCUCUUACUCGCCGUCGCUUCGAAGAUGGCGAAGUGGUUCGAGAUCUUGCUGAAUGGAGGGGCAAAACGAUCGCAGCGGCAAAGGCCAGCAGCGUUAGGUGGCUUGAUCUCAACCUUGCGAGUACCGACUAUGUCAACGCCAUAGGGGAGGAAAACGCCCAGUACUAUAACCUGGCUAGCACCGAUAGAACCCACUUGGGGGAAGCUGGCGAGAUCGUUUUUGGCCGCAUGGUAGUUGACCUCUUGUUAGAGAAACGCAGCGAUCUAGACGUCUACUUCAGCGCUGACGAAGAGAUCACUGACGCUAUCGCGAACGGCGAAUUCACUACAGGAGGCAAGUGA